CGCCUUGCCCGCGGGCAAAAGUCUCUCUGGCCAUCGUUGUUCUAAAACCUUGUUAGGUCUAUAAAGGCGCAGAGAGGUCUUGCCUAAUCUUAACGGAGCUGAAGGUUAUGCUCAAUGUUACUCUACAGAGCCGCAUUAGUUUUUUUAUAUUUGGCAUGUUUAUUAUUUACUCGAAAAGGAAUUUUGCCCGAUAGGUGGCGCAGAAAUCGAAAUAUUUGGAAAAUCCAUAUAUAUCGUGCGAUUUGGUUCAUAUUUGGAACGUACAAAUUUUAAUUACAUGAAGAGGAAUAAAUCCAUAAAAAUUUGCGCGAUAGGUGGCCCAGGUCUGGAAAUAGUACGGAUUGUAUUUAUGGUCCGAUGUGUUUAAUAUUUAGGAAGAAAAAACUCGAAAAAAAUUUAGCCGUUAGGUGGUAAUGCAUUUCGAUUUUUUCUCUUUUAUAUUUAUCACUAACAAAAGCUCAUCUUUAAAAACUUUCGUUUUAAAUUACUUGUUUUUAAAUUAUUUUCGGGCCUUUCAGCCUUUUUGUUGGCGCCCAUGGCUUACACAGUUUUAUAUUAUAUUCGUAAUAUAAAAUCCCAUUUCGCAGUGGAUUUCCAACAUUUUCAGAAUUUCAAAUCUCUCAUUCGCACCAUUGGCGGUUAAUUAGAGGAAAAAAAUGUUUGAGUUGCUAACAGGACGCGGAAUAGCUAAUUUUCGUUCAAGUGAUGCAUUCUUUUACCUCUUCAAGAGUUAUACUAUCUUGGGUUCAAAUCCCCCAAAAGAUACUGGCCCGCUUUACUACAUUUGGUCAAUACUUCUCAAUGGAUCCAUAAUUUUCAUUUUACCAAUAGUUUGCGUGGUUGGCUCCAUCAUCCAAUAUGCGAGACACGAUAUAGGAACGAUGCGUUUCCUCAACGGCAUACAGGCCGGUCUGAAUGUACUUGGUAUGCCACCAAAAAUUAUAAUCAUGGCGCUAUCCUUGAAUCGAUUGCGCAGUAUUGAACCUACAUUGGCAGCUAUGGAUGCACGGUACAAGAAGCCAGAAGAUGUAGCCCUAAUACGUAGAUCUGCGCUUAUGGGAAACAGAAUGAUUUCAGCUGUUUUUAUAGCGUACAUGUGUUACAUGUUGUUUUCAUUGAUGCCUAAUGUGAUAAAAGGUGGAGUGCCCUUUGGCUUCUGGAUACCUUUCUUGGACUGGAAUCGUUCCCGAAUAGAUUUCUUAGCGCAAUCCGUGGCUGAUGUGUUCUUCUUCUUUUUCUCAUUAUACUAUCAGGCCUUAAACGAUACAUAUGGAGCAGUGUAUAUCUACGUUAUACGGGCGCAUUUGCAGCUUUUACGCCGCCGAGUUCAACAAUUGGGCACGGACGCUGAGAUGAGUAGCGAAGAUAAGAUGGAAGAGCUCGUAGAUUGCAUUGUUACGCAUCAGCAGAUUUUAGAGUUGGUAGCGGUAGUGGAACCGGUUAUUUCGAAAACAAUAUUUACGCAAUUUUUGAUAUUUGCUUCAAUUUUGUGUGUCACUAUGAUAAAUAUAUUCAUUUUUGCUGAUCUAAGCACACAAAUCUCCGCGACAGUGUACCUGCUGUGCGUUUUACUGCAGACGUCACCAUGUUGCUAUUACGCCACACAAUUAAUGACGGAGAGCGAGAAAUUGCCCGACGACAUUUUUCAUUGCAAUUGGGUGGAUCAGGAUCGAUGUUUUCGUAAAGCGAUCAUUUAUUUUAUGCAUCACUCUCAAAGGUCAAUUGAAAUAAAAGCCAUGAAGUUAUUUACUAUCAAUAUGGCUACGAAUGUUUCAAUUGCUAAAUUUUCCUUUACACUAUACGCUUUCAUAAAGCAAAUGGGAAUUGGCCAAAAUGCCAAUGAUUGAUGGUAGAUAUAUAACGGACACAAGAAUAUCAACACACACAGCAGUGGAAAUACACAUACAUAUGUAUGUAUUAUCAAUGCGGUUUUGGUAAUUUUAAAAACUUCGAAAAGAAAAAAAUUUAUCUAUGAAUUGAAUAAAAUUGCACAUGUAGUUUGCCCACAACUUUAGUUGAAAAAAUUAUAUUUUAAAUAUUCAAUAAAUUGCAGGACAAAAAUAGCAACAAAAGUUUCGUAAAACGAUUGCCAAUUUUGGCAGUUAUCUUGAAAGCUCCUUCUCCGAAAGACUAAUUGAAAGAUUUGCUAGCGAGGAGGUCUUAGCAUCUUUUAGCAACAAGUUUUCUAAAAAUUAAAUGAAAUUUAAAAAAAUAUAUACCGAUUUCCU